AUGAGCAUCCAGCUGUUGCGCCAGGCGCUAGCUGGGCGCUCGGGCCCGCUCGGCUGCAAACUGUGGACGCGAUUCCUGGGCACCUCCGGGCCUAACGGCAGCGCGCCACCGUUUCUCAUGGCGCUGCUGGGCCACCCCAGCAUGACGCCCUGGGGCGUGCAUCACUCACGUUGCCCCUGGGGAGGGGCUGGCUGCGCUUUGAGCGCCAUCGCUGGCUUCACUUCCAGCGCAGCUAGCUUGGUGUGGGCGUGCCGGGAGCCCGGCUGCACCAAGCAGCCCGCCUUCAACUACGAGGGCCAGUCAAAGGGCGCAUUUUGCAAGGUGCAUGCGGCGCCCGGCAUGGUGGACGUGAAGAGGCCACGCUGCAAGGCGCCUGGCUGCACCACGUUUCCCGUCUACAACUACCAGGGCCAUCCCGGCGGCAGCUUUUGCAAGGUGCAUGCAGCGCCCGGCAUGGUGAAUGUGAAGAGUGCACGCUGCCAGGAGCCUAGAUGCGACAAGCAGGCCGUUUUCAACUACGUCGGCCAGCCCAAGGGCGCCUUCUGCAAGGCACAUGCCGCGCCCGACAUGGUGGACGUGAAGAGCACGCGCUGCAAGGCGCCUGGCUGUGCCAAGCACCCCGCCUACAACUACGAGGGCCAGUCAAAGCGCGUCUUCUGUGAGGUGCAUGCGGCGCUUGGCAUGGUGCGCGUGAACAGCCCGCGCUGCCAAGAUCCCAGCUGCGCCAAGAUCCCGUCCUUCAACUAUGAGGGCCAGUCGAAGGGCGUCUUUUGCAAGGUGCAUGCGGCGCCCGGCAUGGUGGACGUGAAAAGCGCGCGCUGCCAAGAGCCCAGCUGCGCCAAGCACCCCACCUUCAACUUUGAGGGCCAGUCCAAGCCCGUCUUCUGCAAGGUGCAUGCUGCGCUGGGCAUGGUGCGCGUGAAGAGUGCGUGCUGCAAAGAGCCCAACUGCCCCAAGCGUCCCUCCUUCAACGACAAGGGCCAGUCCAAGGGCGUCUUCUGCAAAGCACAUGCAGCACCUGGCAUGGUGGACGUCGUCAACCCACGCUGCCAGGAGCCCAGCUGCUCCAAGCGCCCCAACUUCAAUUAUGAGGGCCAGUCCAAGGGCGUCUUCUGCAAGGCACAUGCAGCGCCCGGCAUGAUUAAUGUGAAGACUCUGUGCCGCCAGGAGCCCAGCUGCGCAGAGGGCCCUGUUUCUAUGGCGAGGGCCAAUUCAAGGGCACCUAAAUAA